CAAGCACCAUGUUGUCCCGACAAUUCCGCCAUGUCAUGCGAACUCAGCGGCACCGCCAGGCAACAAGUCGACGCCUUACCUCCGAUGCAAAAGCUGCGGAAGCUAAAGUGGCAGAAGGCAAAGCUGCCGAGACAGCGACCGAAAGCAAAGCCGCAGAGGUGAAGGCUGCUGCCACUGAGACCCCCACACCUCGCCCUGGCUUCUUCAGCCGCCACCCCGAAAUCGUGUUCCUGGCAGGGUUGGUGGGAAUCGGGGGCUACAUUUACCGCAGUAGCGUGAACAACAAGAAAUUCAACGAAGUGCAAAACGAUUUGGCCGAGAAAACACCCAUUUCUCCGUAUGAAGCGUACGAGUUGCGUUCCCAAAAUGCCAUCACCCCAGAGGUAUUUGACGCGGUGAAGAAGCAAGCGAAGCGAUACUUUCCCUCCAACGAAGCCACCGUGGCCGAGUUCGACUUGUGUUUGGGCAGCGUGUUGCAAGGCACGGCCAUGAAGAACACGCAUCAUUUGGAGCGCGUGCUCUUGAGUUUGCCCAAGAACAUCAACGGCAAAAUCGACGUCGAUUUGCUCUUGGUCGCGUUUUCGUUGGCCGUAAAAGGGUCGGUGGACGAACGACUGGAAAGUUUGUUUGCAUUGCCGCUGGCUGCCAAGCUCACGGGCAGCUCGACUUUGACCAAGGCCCAAGUCGAGCACGUUCUAGGCCAUGUGCUGGAUACGUACCAAAUUCCGUCGGAGAAGCGUGUCGUGGCGCUGGAAGACAAGGCGUAUCCGUACCAGGAGUAUGCGAUUGCCACUCCCGGUCAAAUCCUGGACGCGGCCGUGGCAACAUCCGUGAAGGCCAAGACCCUCGACGAAGGCACGGAGCAAUUCAACCUCGAUCAAUUUGCCCUCUUGAUGAAGUCCAAGGCCAUUUGUGUGUGGGGCGAAUGCUACAACAGCUCGAGCAAAAAACGCAUGAAAAAUUAGGCUUUAUCAAACGGUAAACCUUGCCAUCAAAACAGUAGAAAGGACAAUUUGUCAGGUUAAUAUCCGGA